UGGCUUGAUAUUAAAAUGUUUAUGAUACUUGUAUGUUGUGCCUUUUUAAAUUAUACUCUAAGUUAUGGGUGGUAGUGGGCACCGAUGUCUACUUUUAUGAGUAUCACAUACAUCAUUUUUUAUCGUGAGCGUCCAUCUUUCAAAUUGCGACUACAGUAACGAUACAAUACACAACAUGUUUAGAUAAAUAUAACAAUUCAAAUUGAAUUCACUGUAUCGGUAGCCAUAAUGUGAGAAAAUUAUCGCCCUCAAUUGAAAUUGUAUGCUGUACGGAAUAUAAAUAGCUAUUUCAUUCAUCCAGUACACGACCUUGUUACCGGUUAUCAACUCACAGUAAAUUUUACGACCUUAUUGUACCUAUGAAGACUAGGUAAAUUCUGAUAAGAAGAUAGAUAACAUUCGCGAACCCGCAAGGCAAUCCCCUCUACUACACCUAGCUACUCUGACGCCAGUACGCUGCGCGCUCCGUCAAUGAGAGGACGUAUCGCGCGUCCCCUAAAAUUAAUACGACCACGGAACGGGCAAACAGGAUGCUCUCCGUACGGAAUAGUGAUGAGAACAAACAAUAGUGACAUUCUUACUAAAUAGGACUGUUCAAUUAGUACCACCCACAACUUACUAAUUGAUGUGAAUUUCCUGACCUUGAAAAUCGACUAAAAUGGAUUAGUCUCAGUUUUUUGUGUUUAUAAUUCGAACGACAUUGAUCGUGAUAAGUGAAGUAAUUGAAAUAGAGAUGGGAUUCGUGUAAUCGAUUCUUUAUUCGGUAAAUAGUGCGGGAAGUGUGAAUAGUUAACAAUGUUGGCGGUCAAGAAUUUUUUUAUGCCUGAAAAGAGAGUGGACUCUCCCAGGUUUUCGAGGAUGCCUGAGGCACUCAUGAGGUCCAUAAGGCGACGAUCUUUGAGAGUUAAGAGGACGAAAUCGCUGGUCCUAGUGAACGAAAAAAGGAAAUCCGAUUCAUUUGUGAAUAGUCAAGAAUGGACAGCUUCACGAGGUGUAACAGAACUUCGGGUUGGAGUUUUGGGUUCACCAGACAGUGGAAAAUCAGCUCUAGUACAUCGGUAUUUAACUGGAGCGUAUAUGCAAGAAGAAAGUCCUGAAGGUGGUCGCUUCAAGAAGGAAGUGAUAAUCGACGGCCAUAGCUAUCUUCUCCUUAUAAGGGAUGAAGGAGGCUCGCCAGAAAUGCAGUUUACGGCUUGGGUGGACGCUGUAAUCUUCGUGUUCAGCUUGGACAACGAGAUCAGCUAUAAUACGGUGUCGAACUACUUCAAUAAAAUGUCCCAUUAUAGGAAUUCCGCUGAGAUUCCGAUCAUAUUGGUCGGAACCCAAGAUGCCAUAAGUGAAAGUAGUCCACGCGUGGUAGACGACAAUCGUGCUCGCAAGUUAUCGAAUGAGCUACGAAGAUGUUCUUACUAUGAAACUUGUGCUACGUACGGUCUGAACGUGGAACGAGUCUUCCAAGACGCAUGUCAGAAGAUUGUGGGCACUAGAUUGUCCGCCUCGUCGCAAUGCUUGUCUGGAGGUUCCAGGCCUGUGACUCCACAGCCGUUAGUGAAUUCGCCAAGCCACAACCAUUCAACAUUCCUGUACAAGGACUCCCUACCACGCGGCCAUCACACCCUAUCAGCGUCGUCCCACCACCUGCAUCGAGGCGCCCAAUCUUUCGACGCCUCAUCAAACAGCAGCGGUAUCUCUUCAACGCACGUCGUCGAAAUCCACAGCACGAAUGGAUCCGACACCUCCUCACGGUGGGGCAACUCCCUCGGCAGCCAUGGCUCCUCAUCAGGCCUCGUUUCCAUAGCAACGGAGAAUAACAACGUGAAGUUCACCGCUCCACACUGCCUUGAUAACCUUCAACCUCCUAAGGAUUCUAAGGAUUUACCCACUCCAUCUUCUACUCCUACAACGUCGAGGAAAUCUCGAAGGAGAUCGAAUCUCUUUACUCCUUCCAAAAAGGGAGAUGAUAGGUUGAAGAAUGGAGAGCUUGGCUCUGGUAGAGCGAUUCCUCUGAAGCAAGGAUAUCUGUACAAGAAGAGCAGUAAGGCUCUGAAUAAGGAGUGGAAGAAGAAAUAUGUGACGCUCUGCGAUGAUGGCAGGUUGACUUACCACCCGAGCUUACAUGACUACAUGGAAGAUGUGAACGGCAAGGAGAUAUCGUUACAGUACGUGACUGUGAAGGUGCCUGGUCAGAAGCCGAGGGGCUCCAAGUCCAUUAUCACCACCGUGCCGGGCUACAAUGGAUACAGCAGUCUCGAUAUACAUGACAGUAUUGGGGGACUGUCCAUCGGCUACAAAGACAAACCAACCCGGGCGACAGACAAAGCCCUAAUGUCUGCGUUCGACACGAUGAAGGAGCCCGCGACGAGUCGACAGUCGCUUGCAUCUGAGGUAGAAGUCGGCUCCACUAACGGACAGGACAAGGACACGCCACAUGUCAAGAAGAGGCAUCGCCGGAUGAAGAGCAGUGGCGUUAAGAAGGAUGGGGAUGAGGAGGGUGAAUACGCGACAUCGUGUGAGUUUACGAUAGUAAGCCUGGACGGGAAGCGAUGGCGGUGGGAGGUGACGGGCGCGGCCGCGGGCGCGGCGGCCGCCGCCGAGCGGGACGCCUGGGUCGCCGCCGUCGAGGCACAGAUACUCGCCUCGCUGCAGGGACGGACGUCCCGGCAGCCGAUGCCGACGGGCGCCAACUCGACGGGCGACGUGCGCGCCACGUACUACAUCCGCCGCGUCCACGGAAACGACAAGUGCUGCGACUGCGGGGCCGCUGACCCAGACUGGGCGAGCCUGAACCUAGGCGUGUUGAUCUGCAUCGAGUGCUCCGGCAUACACAGGAACCUCGGCUCGCAUAUAUCGCGGGUACGAUCCCUCGACCUUGAUGAGUGGCCAUUGAGCCACGUGAGUGUAAUGGUGUCUUUGGGCAACGAUCUCGCGAAUUCAAUAUGGGAGGCUGAUUUCAGAGGCCAUGUCAAACCCAUGGCUACAUCUAGUCGAGAAGAGAAAGAAAGGUGGAUAAGACUAAAAUACGAGCGACGAGCGUUCCUGAGCUCGGAGGUGGUGGCGACGGGCGUGGAGGCGCUGCGCGCCGCCGCCGCCGCCGGACAUCUCGCCGCCGCGCAACUGCUCAUAUGGCACAACGGCAACCCGAACUACCCGGACGCGGACGGCCACACGUGCGUGUUCUACGCGCGCGCCGCCGCCAACCACCUGUCGGGCAUCCCCCCCCAGUACCCCACCAACCUACAGCUCGCCUGCCCGCUGCACCCCGGCCCUCCCCACUCCUCCACCCCCAGCUCCGCCACCAACUCCACCAGCUCCAACUCCAGCACCAAGAGCUCUCUAAAGAACCCCGAACCGGAAUGCAACUGCAUCAUCUUCGAGCUACUCAACGCUCAGAGUGCGAGCAAAGCCCUGGUGGAGCUCCUGAUUGGUUUACAGAACAACCAAUACAUGAACGGCUACGACCACAACGGCAGUGUUGCCAGCUUCGCGCACAAUACUCUAGGGCGGCCAUCUUUGGGCCCCAACUUAUCGCUAACGAAUGGUAAGUGCGGCAGUGUAGUGUAAAGGUUUUUCUAUCUAAUUGUCGGUUUUGAAUAAAUUAAUGUUGAUAUUGUGACUGAACGUUGUUACCGUUAUGGUAUAUUUAUACUCAAUUCCGUGUGUGGUGCAGUUUUGUUAGAUAGUUUUUGUUAAUUUAUUAAAUUGUGAUCAUGUUUUAGUAUUUGGAAAGAUUGUAUCUUAAUAAUGCAACCCAGUGACUUGUUUUUAAUUAAGAUAACGUCAACCUUUCUGCAUAUUAUAUGAUAAGAUUAUCCCUUAAAUGCACCGGUUAACAAUAUCUAAAUACGAUGUCGUAUAAGAUCUUACAAAACUGCAUCUCGCAUAUUUUUUUGUAUAAUACAUGUAGUGUAUUAAUAUGUAAAAUGUAUACAUAUUACACACGACUGACGGUACAUUUGACGUAAUCUCCGAUUCAUACAUAGAUUAAAUAAUAUUUAAAAGAUUUUUCUCGAAAUUAGUUAAAAAAUUACGUGUCUGUCAAUUUAAAAAAGUUAAUUAAAUUAGAAAAAUUGUUAGCGUAAUUCAAAUUUCGUAUUUUUACGGCUUAAAAUACUUAUUGGCAGCUCGAAAAGUCGUAUUCAGUUGCAGGAACUCAAAAAGAAUGAACGAAAAUAAUUCCUGUGAUUGAUGUCAUAGAGUUCUAAAUAACUUAAGCUUGCUAAUAAGUAUUUUAAGCCAAAUUAAAAUAUUUAUUUCAUUACGUAUUACAGUUUAACAUAUCCGGUGUUAAUAGUUCAAAUUUUUUAAUACAAUAUUUUUUUCUAGUGGCGUAGAGUAGGUACCAAUUUGCAUUUUAGGAUCCCUUCAUUUUCAAAUUAAUGUAGUAGAAUAAAAUUAAAUGUACACACGAAUUAUCUUCUUCUACUUCAGUGAUUUUCACAUAGUUAUUCAUUUUCAAUUAUUAUUGCAAAGCUGUCUAUACUAAAAAAAAAUAUACACAUACAUUAUUAUGUUUUUCGGUUUACUUCCGUAACCGAUUGACGAGGAACUCGACUAGUUUCAAGUCAUACUAGAGGCAACAGUUAGUCGAAAAACGUAAUAAUUAAUUUAGUAUGUCUCACGAAAGUUAUUAUACUAUAAAAUAUACACAUUAUUUUCUCUAUAAUAAUGAACUGUAUGUCUAUAGAUACAAUAGUUAUACCGAAAUAAUAUAAUAGCCAAUAUGCUGCAGGCAUACGUAAUUAUAUCUAGAAGGACUAGUCUACGUGGCGAGGAUUUAGUACCAAAUAAGUACCGUUUUAAACUGACUUGCGGCUUUUGCUGACGCGGAUCUAACUGACG